ACUCCCGGUGCGUCUCUGCCGGCUUCGGAAGUUGCUGGUCCAAAAUGUUUCCGCAGGACAGAAGUGAUGGAGUCUCUUUCCGUUCAAGGCGCAGGGUGGCUCUCUUCCCCCCUGUGGAGCCCCCGCUCCAAAGCGAGAAAAGCGAAAUUAGACGGUGAAAUGUCAAGCGACGGAGCGUGGCUGGAUGACCACUCGGAUUUUACCAGCGCGUACUUUUCACGCAGAGCGUCAGUGAUCUGUGAUCCUCAGGCAGAUAUGACACCAAGGUUUCUGAAGAGCAUGGGAAACCUGGACAUCAUCUCCCACAAGGACAGAUGUGACUGCCAAGUUUCUCAUGACCUCCAUGACCCUCUAAUGAUGGCUCCUCACCGCAGAACGUCUGUUCCCGUUACUCCAAUCCUUAGUGCUCCUGAUAAGACGGAUUGCUCCUUAUGGCCUUCAGUUUCUCCCUGUCCUCCCAUUUGUCUUUGCUCCAACAAGUUGCCCUUUGCUCCUUAUGCUCAGCCUUCAGUGGCUCCAAAUAGUGUGUCCUGUGGCCUCGGAGAAGGCUGCCCAUGGAUGAUAGGGCUCCUGGGAGGAGGGCUGAGAUGGAUGGGAUCUGUGGCAGAGCUCUGUCAGGGAGCUCUCAACCAUGCGGGGGAGCUGCUGGCUGCUGAGGGUGGUGCCCUUUCCCUUGUGAGAAAGGUCUACGGUGGAGAAAGUGAUUUAGAGGAAGUGAUAUCCUUGACAGCAAAUGGGUGCAGCCAGGCACACCAGAAAAUACUGCAGGGUGUCAUGGAGCUGGUUUUGGCUACAGGAUCACCAAUAAACCUAAGAGAUGCUCAGAAGGAUCCCAAGUUCAAAGUAGACAGUAAACAGUGCCUAAAGAUUAGGACAGUUUUGAGUGUUCCUAUCAAGAACCACAGGCGAGAGAUGUUGGGUGUGGUGGUAAUGAUCAACAAAAGAAAAGGCUGUGAUUCCCAUCCUGCUUUUACCUCCAUGGAUGAAAAGGUAACAUCCAAUCAUAUGGAUGUGUUGGGGAUGGUUCUGGAAAACAUCCAGCUGUAUGAGAGUUCAAGACAAGAGGCUAAGCGCAGCCAGGCUCUGAUAGAAAUGGCACAGGUGUUAUCAAGGGAGCAUCAUUCUUUUGAGGUUCUGCUGAGCAAGAUGGCCGCCACAAUCAUGCCUUUCACUCAUGCUCAAUACUGCACUAUCUUCAUCCCCAGUGACCAAACCUCAGUCACAAAGGAUGAUCAGAUCAUAUUCUCAUGUGUGAUACACUUGGAGUGUGAAGAGCUUGGAUCAACUUGCCAGAUCUACAGAAGGGAGCAUGACAUCAGUGAUAUAGAUUUGUCACAUGCUUGUGAAACAAUGAGGGCUACAGAAACUGUUAAUAUGGCAAAGAGCGCUGUUGAAUCAGAGAGGAGUAUCGUCUGCUGUCCUGUGAGAAAUGAAAGGUCAGAAAACGUUAUUGCUGUGUGCCAGCUCAUAAACAAACGGACCAGAGACUCAGAUGAACUGGAACCCUUUAAUCGAUAUGACGAGCGACUCCUGGAGGAUCUGGCUGUGUACUGUGGCCUGGCCUUGCAGUAUGCUCAAGCUGUAAAGAUCACUGAAGUGAGAAGGGCCAGCAUAGAGGUUACAGAAGAGAUUCUUGCCUACCACCUCACUGCAGCAGAAGAGGACAUUAAGGCACUGCAGGAGACCACAAUCCCAUCAGCAGAAUCACUGAAUAUUUUGGACUUCCAUUUCUCUGAUUUUGGCCUACCAGAAGACGCCACCACUCAGGCCACAGUUCGAAUGUUUCUGGACCUGAAUUUAGUGCAGGACUUCAACAUUGAUUACAAGAGCCUUUGUCAAUGGGUCCUCACUGUGAGACGUGGCUACAGGAGCCACCUUCCUUAUCACAACUGGAGCCAUGCACUGAGCACUGCUCAAAGUAUGUUUGCUAUGCUCAUGGCAACAGAUCAGCUACAGAAAAAUUUUUCUCGGCUGGAGAUCUUAGCAUUGAUGAUAGCCACCCUGAACCAUGACAUUGACCACAGAGGAGUUAGCAACUCCUACAUAGAAAGGUCUCAGCAGCCUUUAGCUCAGUUGUACGGUCACUCCUCUUUAGAGAACCACCACUACAACCUGUGCAUCUUCAUUAUGAAUAACACCGGCAGCCAGAUCCUCAGCAACUUAUCAGAUGAGGACCACAGAUCUGUACUGCACAUGAUCAAAAGGGCAGUUCUUGCUACUAAUCUUAACAUCUAUAUGCAAAGAAGAGGAGAAUUUUUUUCUCUUGCUGAGAAAAGCAGGGUGAACUGGAGGAGUGAGAAACGAAGAGAUUUGCUGAGAUCAAUGCUGAUGACAGCUAGUGACUUAUCUGCUAUCACAAAGCCUUGGCCCGAGCAAAAAAGGAUUGCCAACCUUGUUGCCAUGGAGUUCUUUGCACAAGGGGACAAAGAGAGAGAGGAGUUUAAAACCAAGCCUAUUGACGUAAUGGACAGAGAAAACAGCACCCGUCUGCCAUACAUGCAGGUUGAAUACAUUGAUGAGAUCUGCUUCCCUCUGUACAAGGCUGUGUCAAAACUAUUCGACAGCUGCUCUCCAUUGGUGAAUGCUUGUAAGAAGAACAGAAAAAACUGGUUGCAUCUUGCUGAAGGCACACGGGAAGAAAAGCUUGAAGAAAACUGCAGUUUAUACUUUGAAACUGAAAUACUUGAAGAGGAAGAGGCAGAAAGAGGAGCAGAACAAUUGGCAAAAGAAGAAAACACAUGAUAUUUUGAAGCAUUUUUUGGACACAUCAGAACUGAAAAUGAAUCUGGAACCCAUUGCCAGUAGGCUGAUUUUUAUUCCUCUACCUACACCUGAAUUUUGAGCUACAGGAAUCUAUAACAGAAAAAAAAAAAAUUAACAAGUUUGUAUGUGCUUUGAUGCACUUUAAAAUUGUGAAAGCCCAGAUGACAAUUACUUUGGCAAAGUUAAUUCACAACAUUUGAAGUAAUGGGGGGGAUGCUUCUGGAUGUAUUUUAAGGCACAACUUGGCACACUCUGAGUCCUUGUGUGAAAUUAUGUAGAAAUAAGAAGAAAUCGUUCAAGAUAUCAUGAACAGAAUUGAAGACUUGUUUGGUACAAUUUCCAAUUAUUCAAUGUGUCACAUUAUUGUAAUCAAACAACUUUAUGCAAGGACAAACACCAUACGAAUUUGCAGCCACCAUACUAUUUUGGAGUGAAACAGUUUUUUUGUCCCAGACACAAAUGUGUUUCGGUGUGAAAUGAUCAAAUCAUUCCCAGAAUAAAAGCAGAAGACCUUGUAGAGAUGCAA